AUGACAAAAGGAUCUGCUAUCUUCCUUAGUUUUAUUUUAUUGGUUUUUGUUCGAUGCGAAUUCGUUCCAACAGAUGAAGCAAACUUAGCUGUAUUUGACGUCAUAAAAUAAGCUUAUAAUGGUGAUAAUUUUGCACUUAUAUAUCAAUAAUUGGAUGAUGAAAUCUAGAAGGCAUUAACUUUAAAAUAAUUUGAAGAAAUUCUUGUAGCUAAAAAAGGUAAAACAGGACGAAUUGAAUACUGGUCAUACUCUUCUCCAGUUCCUUAGCAUCCAAUCUUCAUCCUUGGAUUCCAAAAGAAUUUGGCAGUUGGAUCAAUUGAAUGGGAAUAUUAAGAAACAAAAUUUAAAGUUUUCUUAUUAAAUGAAUUCGUGUAACCAACAUUUGUUGAGUUCCUAAAAUAAAAUCCAAGUCGAACUUCCUUAUCAAUAAAAACAGAUGAUGUUGAGAUUCUCAAUUAUCAAGGAAAUAGACAAUAAGAUUUAAUGAGUGUGUUCAAAAUUACGGUAGCAAUAGAAUUUUCAAGAUAAUCUGCAAGUGGUAUAAUUGAUCCUGAAAAAUGGGUAUCACUAGAUGAUGUUAAUAAAUACUACUUGAAAGAUGUUGAUACAUCUCAUGCUUAGUUUUUGGAUCUUUGGGAUAAAAUGGGUAAGAUUUAAGAUGGUAAGAUCUAAUUGAUCGAAAUAGCGAAUGGUAUGAUAGCUCUGAGCUCUAAUUGUAAUACAGAAUACUUGUAAGCACUCUUAACUAUGGAGUCUAUCCAAUAAACUAUCUCAUCAUUGUAACUAGAGCAAACUCCAUCAUUUUACUUAUCAUCAUUCUUUUUAGUGUUUUUAAAUUAUGAUAAUAAGGAAAGGGAAGACUACAUAAAAUAAAUUUCCUCAUUUCCUCCUGAAUAUGUCUUAGAAGAGACAAAUAAAAUUCAUUAAAUUUUAGAGCAAGGAGGUCAAUAAGCAUAAGACUUAUUAGAUAGAGGAAAAGAAGUGCUUGAUGGAGAAAUACUAGGCAUAUAAGCAUAAUACUUUACAAAAGCAUCCACUUCAGCUUAUGUCAAUUUAUUAGAUAAACUCAAUAAAUAGGAAACGUUCAAUACUAAAUUUUAUGAUAUUUUCUAUCCUCUAAUUGGGUAUGUAUCAAUGAAGAAUCCAUUCCUUGUUAAAACAUACAAACACGUGGGAGUUAAAGGUGGCUCUUCUGCUUACCCAAAAGAUACAAAGUGUGUUUUAAGUAUAGCCUAAUUUUAAGAAGUGUAUAAUCCAUUCCCUUAUAGUAAGACAACAUAUGCUUUAUUUACUUAAGAUCUAGAUUAUGAUACAGAAUAUACUCCACUGAUCAAAUAAUUUAACUUUUUCACUGGAUUAUUAAGCUUAAAUGGAUAUUAUUUAUAAGCAGUAUCUAAAGCACUAACAUCAAUUUCCUAAGACCAGAAUAUAUUUGAUCAAUAAUUAUUAUAUUAAUGA